GUUUGUCAUCUGCUGUGUUUCCCACAGCUGGAUAUAGUGCAGCAGGAGUACAUCCAUGAGUCGGGCCUGGAGCAGUUUGAGGUGGUCAAGGCAGCUUUUGAUGCCUCUGGCAGCUGGAUGGCAACAGUAGAAGAAAGAAAUCAGAAAGCUGCUGAGCUGGAGCUUAACUUGAAAUUGUGGGCAUUUGAUGAACAAACACAGAGUUUUGUGCUGAACACGACUAUCUCGACCCCCCACGAGGCCCGGAUUACAGACAUGUGCUUUUGCCACGCUGCCGAAAGCCAGACCACCAUGCUGGUCUCCACCAGCAAGGACGGACACUUCAAAGCCUGGCAGCUGAGUGCAGUGGCCCACACAGAGGGUGAGCAGUCCUGGUUCUGCUCUGUUCGACUGUG